ACUGCCGUUACAACAACAGUCAUCUCAGCAGCAACAUUCCACCAGUUCCCAGCAACCGUCAGCAUCACAGCAACAGCAACUGCAGCCGAAAAUAAUGAACGCGGUAGUUCCGGCCGUGUCGGUUCCGGCAGCAACCAAAAAGAUUCGUAGAAAACCAGAUACUAAGCCACAAUCACAAAUCAACAAGUGCAACAACGAGAAACGCCGCCGGGAGCUGGAGAAUGAGUAUAUCGAACAGCUCGGCGAGUUUCUACAGAUCAACAAGCGGGAUAUGACCGCUUGUAAGCCGGACAAGGCAGCGAUACUCAGUGAAGUGGUGCGAACGUUUCGCCGUUUGUUGGAGCAAGGCAACCGGGACCUGACCGGAUCGAACCGUUGCUCCAAGUGUUCGCCCGAUUGCAGCGACUCCUGCAAGCUGCAUCCGGUCCAGCAGGGUGAGGUAUCGUCGACCGAACCCCCACUACCGGAACCGUCCGUCAACGGACACUCACCGGAAAAGUCGGCCUAUUUCGAGGCGGUCAAGUACUACAUCUCCAACGUCGGCUGGGUCCUUCUCGAGAUCAACUCGGAGGGCGUCAUCGAAUGUGCCACCGACAACGUGCUGGACGUGCUGCACUACACCCGUACCGAGCUGCACGGACAGUCUAUCUAUUCGUACCUGCAUACUGGUGAUCAUUCAAAGUUGAGUCCUAUAUUAAAUAAGAAUUCGUUUGAGCUAAACUGGGAUCAAAAUGAGUUUCUACAGCCACCAAAGCGAACGAUCCGGACGAAGAUUCGCUGGCUACUGAAGGCACCGGAGAGUGCCAACGAUACAAUCGAGCAGAAGCAGCAACGCCAGGAAAAGUACAAGGACCUGCUUAUCAUUUCCGCUCCCGUAAAGGAUGAUACCGACACCGAGUCGUCGUCGGUGCUUUGCCUAAUCACACUACCAGAGGACGAACACCAUCAGGGCCCUGCCAUCGAGAGCCACACUAUGCCACAGACGCUGGACGAGCAGCUGACGCUCAAGCUGGACAUGACUGGCGCCGUCAUCGACUUUGAUGCAGCGACGCUGAGGAAACAAUUCAUGGGAUAUCUAACCAAAGAGACUGUACGGUCAAUCCACGAUCUCUGCCACUUCCAGGAUCGGCCCCGGCUGAGCGAACACCUCCAGAAUGUGAUGAAUGCAAACGGAGCCGCACAGGUUUCGUCGUACCGGUUGCGUCUGGGCGGACCGGACGUAUACGUUCACGUCAAAGCCCAGACGAGAUUAUUCCGUAGCAACAAACCGAGCGAACCGGACUUUGUCAUGGCCAUUCACACGAUCCUCAACGACAACGAGAUCGCCAUGGUGGAGAGUGGCUUGAACAACCCGUCGUCGUCUUCGUCGUCCGGUCUAGCGAUGCCUAGUACUAGUAGUGGAGGAAGCGGUGGCAGUGCGACUAGUGGUAGUGGCAGCAGUAGUACGGCCCGUCAACUUCAGCAGAUCACCCAAGGAGUUAGCAACAUGGGCGGACCGCUAAUGUCCAGUAUAUUAAACGGAGGUGGUGGGAACGGUGCAGGAUCCGGGGGACCAGGUGGAUCCAGUGGCCUCCCAGGAGCACUAGGAUCAGUAGUUUCACCUAGAAGUAAUAUAAACUCCUUGGAUGGUUCAGGCUUCUACCCAUCGGAGUUUGAUUUCGAAUUUCCACAUUCCACAUACGAAAUGGAGUCAGUCGGCGUCUCCUGGGACUCGAGGCCAGAUUCACGAACCAGCGUAACACCGGUCAGCACUCCACGGCCUCCAUCGGUGACGGCGUACAGUCCGGCCGCGGCUCCGAUGUGCCCCUCGCCGCUGACUCCAUACCAUGCCAGCAGUGCCGGAGGGCAACCUUCUCCCUCGAACAACAACACCAACCAACAGGUUAACAACAACAAUAACAACAACAGUAUGACCAACAACAAUGCUGGUCCAUUCGGUGGCAACAGCUUCCAGUUUCCGUUCGAUGACAAGGAGAAAAUCCAAGAGCAAAUUCUUCAACAGCAGCAGCAGCAACAGCAACUGCAACAGCAACAGGCACAGCAGCAACAGCAGCAGCAGCAACAACAACAGCAGCAGCAGGCCUCACACGACUCAGAGCGAUUGCGUAAUCUACUGACAACCAAACGACCUCACUCAAAUGCCUCGUCCUCGUCUGGUAUGGAUAUGGACCAUGACCACCGGAAUCCGAAUCGGAUCCUGAAGCUGCUCAACGAGAAAAGCGAUGACGAUGAUGCGGAGACGCGGAACCGGUCGAGUGAACUGCUGAGGCAGCUGCAGAAGGUCAAAGAUGAACCCAAGGAGCACCCGGUCCAGCCUAGCAACGAGGAACUAAUGCAGAUGCUCCGAUUCCAGGGUAAUGACCGCAAGCGACCUUCUAACGAGCCGGACGAAGGAGCCCCGGCGAAACGUCCCGAUGACAAACCGUCCAAGCUACGCGAGAAGAACAAAAUGUUGGCCUCGUUGUUGGCCAAUCCGGCCAAAGCACCGACCCAGAUGCUGCCCAGUCAUAUGCCACUGCGCAUCAUACCCGACAUACCCACCUCCAAUGUGACACGCCAGUUGGUUAACGUAUCCAGCUCGACCGCUCCGAAUCAGACCAUCAACAAUAACAACCUUACAACCAGCAACAAUAAUCUGAAGCAUAUACAACAGAUGAACCAUCUGCGGAUGCAGCAGAUGCGCAAAUCCGCAAUGCCUUCACAAUCGCAACAGCCACCUACUUCAUCCGAUAUCUACCUCAACCACCAGCACCUGCAGCAGCAGCAACAGGCCCUGCUCCAACAACAGCUGAUUGCCGCCCAGCAGCGACAGCAGAACUUCUCUCCGGCUAUCCAGGACUCGGGCAUCGGCUCGGUCGGUAGCGGUCCGUUCGCAACGCCAUCGUCGGCCACUUCGACCACCAGCCAUGCCACGCCCGAGUGGGACCCGGAACUGAACGAAAUACUUAACCACGUUAUCGAUAUUGCACCCGACGGUAACUUUACCGAUAGCGAACUCAAUAGUUUCUUAGGUUCGAUCGAGUCAUCGGCAUCGAACACUCCAGCCCAAUCCAGCCAGCAAGAUAUGCAGGAAAAGCUGGCCAUCAAUGCAAUUCAGAAGUCUCUGAUGCAGAUUGAAAACGUCACCUCACCCAUGCAGUACAGUGGAAGUCCUCCGGCAUAUCCGAUACACGGGAUGGGUUCGGUUGGUUCACCAGGUCAAAUGUCGCAACAAACCCCGGGCACUCCCACUACGCCAAAUCCCAACUUCACGCCACCUCCAGUCUACCAGUCACCACGAAUGCGGAUGUCCGGCCCUGGUGGACCGGGCGUUGGUCAGCUUGGAAAUGGUGCUCCGAGUCCGGCCGCCUUAACUUUGCAAAAACUGCAACAGCGCGAACGGAUACUUCAGGAACAACACCGACAACGAUUGCUCCAACAGCAGAAGCAGCAGCAGAUGGUCGUACCGGUGAAUGCCACAGCUAAUGCCGAUCUGAACCUGGGAUUAACUCCAGGUAUGCAGAACAUCGAAUCGCUGCUAAACAACACCGUCGCUCCGAACGUAUCGUUAACGCGAGCCAACAGCGUUGUGCCCGACUCGCAACUUAGUCCCGGUUUCUCACCUAGCCAACUGAUGCAACAACAGCUGAGUCCCAGUCAGCGAACGCAACUUAGUCCCCAGCAGACAGGUACGUUCCCCUCCACCACCCGCUCGAAUAACCGUAAACUCCAUCAAACCACAUUCAACCAAGCAGGAUUCCAAGGCAAUCCCUUCAACAAUAAUCCGGGUCAUCGGAUGUCACCUCAACAGCAGCAGCAGCUGGUCGCUGCCGGGUUCCAGCAAGGUAUUCCUGGCAGCCAACAGCUUUCCCCUCGCCAACCUCCGUUCAGUAGUGCACAACAAGUUCCACAACAACAGCAGCAACAACAGCAACAGCAGUGGCAGCAAAGUGCCAAUGCCCGCCUAUCCAUACAACAGCAGAACCCGAUGCUCAAUGCUCAACUAUCGACGGUACCUGUACCCAAUCGACAAUUCGUAGCACCGCAGCGACAACGAUCGCUCAACUCGCCCGGAACUCCAAGGCAGGGUUCGUUCGCCGGAACGGUGGAUGUCAGUGGUUUCCCCGGACCACCAAGUCCCUCGCAGUCCAAUACCGGCCCCGUACCCAACUACGGUAAUCCUGUCUUUGCCAGUCAGCAAAUGAGGCUCCAAAGACAGGGCAGCGUUCCUCCUCAGGCUACCCAGCAUCUACCGGGAUCGCCACGUCCCUCGUACGGAGGACAUGGACCCGGUGGUCCGGAUACUAGUGGCUAUGGGAUGAUGUUCAACAAUGCCGCAAUGCAGCAGCACACGGCGGGCUCACCAGGCGAUUACUUCAAUCGCAGUCAAGCUGGUGCCAACAACGGUGGGCUGGUCACAUCCGAACACGUCCGACAAGAGUUGAGGGCAGUAGUCUCGGUUAGGGCACAGAAUGCAGCAAGUGGCGGUGUUGGUGGAGCGGGCGGCCUACGAACACCGCAAAGUCCGAUUGGAAUGUCGCCCAUGGGAGCCGGUGGAGGAGGAGUAGGAGGAGGAGCAGGCGGUACCAACGCUGGCGGCGGAGGUGGUGUUAUGGCAGGAAUGGGAGGGUCCAACAGUGGAAAUGCCGGAGGCGUCGUUGGCAGUCCGAGUCAUGGCGGAAUGGGACCGAGUAGUAACGGUUCCGUACUCAGUCCCGGCAUGGGCGGUAUCACAGGGAAUCUAGUUAGUAGUGGUGGUGGUGGUGGUGGAAGUGGAACGGGAUCAGGAACAGGAGUAGGAGGAAAUGGUUCUGGCAACGGGGACGGUAUGCAGACAUCACAGUUACCAGGUACGUCAUCGUUACUCAACACACCAGGCGACAUGGAUCCGUCAAUGCUAUUCAACUUUCACCUCGCGCCGAAAGAAUUCUUCGGAGGCAAUACGAGUCGGUGACCCGAAAAAUUCAUCCCUCCUUCUGCAAAAACUUCUGUCGGAUUAAAGUGAUAAACAACAGUUGUUCGUUCGUGUUUAGGCUUCGUUUAUAGUUUUUUUUUUUCUUUUCUUUCUCGUCCAAAUGAGUAAAGAGAUGUUGUUUUGUUUAUUUUUGCGCUGACCUUAGUUUUAAAUUUAUGACAAAAAUAAAUAAAAAGUGAAAUGUUACACCUACAAAAAAAAAUCUUUGUUUGUAAAGUGGAACAAUUCGAUGGGAAACGUUUGGCAUUAUUAAAAAAAAGUAGAAAAAUCGAAAAAAAAAUAAUUAAAUCACUUAAGUUGACCCCCGAACUAAAAAAAAAAACACUAGAAGAAAAAAAUAUAAAACAAAACCGAGAUGUGAUGUGAUGUUUAGGAUGAGGAAAAAAAUACAAGGAAGCUGUGGGAACAGCUUUAAAAAAGUGUUUAUUGUGCUGUACAUAUUGAGUUACUGUAAAGUGUAAAACCAAGUAUAUAAUUUAAAGUAUAAAUAAAAAAAAAACAGAGUAAGAAAGUUGAUAUAAGCUAAGGAAAAAGUAAAUUAAAGAAAACAAAGUAAGGCAAAUAGAAAUACCUCUAACAUUAGUUCAAACUAAUAACAUGAAAACAACAAAAGUGUUAAACCUUAAAAUGUAUCUAAAUUAACCAAAAACAA